GUCUCUUUCCGCUUUUGCUUACCCUGGCAUGGUGAGCUAUGGACAAUCGCAAUAUGGAGAAGACAGAAGACAAGCCAGAAGAACCCACGCUCAAAUCUCCUGAGCUACUGGGAAGGGCUAUCGACGAUGCGCCUCCGCUGGAGAACACCCAGAAGAGUCGUUGGGAGCGCAGUUGGCCCACGAUCGCCUGCGGUGCUGGUCUUUUCUCGGAUGGCUAUCUCAAUGGCGUAAUCGGCCAAGUAAACACCAUGCUCAGCAAAAUCUACCCAGACACCUACACCAAGUCCCCUGCCAGCCAGAACGUCUCCUCCAUCGCCUUUGCCGGCACAGUCCUGGGCCAACUCGCCUUCGGCUACAUGGCUGACCACUGGUCACGCAAAUGGGCCCUAAUGAUCUCCACCGUCAUCCUAAUCGUCUUCGGUGCCCUUUCAGCAGGCGCCUAUGGCUACCACGGCAGCCAAUACGGUCUCUUCGCAGCGCUCACAGCCUACCGGUUCUUCCUGGGCGUUGGUAUCGGUGGUGAGUAUCCGGCUGGAUCUGUGGCUGCAGCGGAGAGCACGGGGGAGUUGAAAAAAGGGCAUCGCAAUCGGUGGUUUAUCAUCUUCACGAACUUUCAGAUCGAUAUGGGGUUUGUGCUUGCGGCGUUUGUGCCGAUGAUUUUGGUGUUGAUUUUUACGGAGGAUCAUCUGCGUGCGGCGUGGAGGGUUGCGUUGGGGUUGGGAGUGAUUCCGCCGUUGAGUUUGUUUUAUCUGCGGUUGAAGUUGAAUGAGCCCGAGGAGUUUAAUCGCGAGCGUAUGCGCAAUUUUCCGAUUUGGUUGAUUAUCAAGUUCUAUUGGUGGCGUUUGACUAUCAUAUCACUCGUCUGGUUCGUAUACGACUUUUCUACCUACUCCUUCAGCAUCUACUCGUCCAAAUGGGUGGCUAUCAUCCUGGGGGACGACGCGCCGAUAUGGAAGUCAUUUGGUCUGAGCACCGUGAUCUACCUCUUUUACCUUCCUGGCUCAUUUGGCGGGGCCUUUGUCAGCGACUGGUUGGGCCCACGCAGUACCUUGGUUCUUGGAGUUGGUCUGCAAGGUAUCAUUGGCUUCAUCAUGUCUGGAUGUUAUGAAUAUCUCGCGACGCCCAAAAACGUUGCGGGUUUUGUGGUCGUUUACGGUAUAUUCGUCUCGCUUGGGGAACUAGGUCCCGGUGACAAUAUCGGACUUUGUGCGGCAAAGAGCAGCGCAACUGCUAUUCGUGGUCAGUACUACGGUAUCGCCGCAGCUGCAGGCAAGAUCGGUGCUUUUGUUGGCACGUAUGUCAUCCCGAUUAUCCAGAAAAACGCUCCGAAUGAGGUUCGAUCUGGUCAGGAUCCUUUCUUCGUGUCGAGUGCGUUGUGCAUUUUCAGUGCCGUCGUCGCCUUUUUCCUCUUUCCGAAGAUCGGACAGGACACUAUCACAAAAGAGGAUCAGAAAUUCCGCUCAUUCCUCGAAGCUAACGGCUAUAACACUGCCACCAUGGGUAACGUGGAACAAGCAACGACAGCGACAGCUAACCCUCCGGAGCAGUGAACAACAUCCUCCUUCGUAUUUCUGGAUAUGCCCGUCCGCCAGCCCAGUUUCAGCCCUCAGCGAUCUCCCGCUUCUUGGAUUUAUUGAUACACGGCCCUUGCGGCAUCAACCACCAAAGCGACAAAUACGGAAAACAGUUUAGAUAAAGAAAACAACCCUCCCUAUGCGAUUGACGAGCAUUAUGAAACGCCCCCACGCAACCAACUAAAAUCUUGAAUGCCCGGGUGCACGAAUGAACAAAAGAAAAGAAAAGGGGAAACCCACUGGCACAUGCUUUGCUGAUCUCGAUUCCAUGGUCUGACCGGCGUGUGUGCCCUUGCUAUGCCAUUGUUAAUAUUUUGCCCCCCCCCC